GGCUGCAGUGUAACGGAUGUAAAAGCGGAUGUUCACAUCCGCAAAAAAUCUUUUAACUCUUGAGAUUUCAUUUUCGCAAAAUGUCUAGCCGUAAAAGCAAUGUUUGGCAUUUUUUUUAUAAAACAAAUCAAACGACAGCCGUUUGCACUUUAUGCGGUAGAAAUUACUCACGCAAAGGACGUGGAACCACCUGUUUAAGGAAUCACUUAAGAAGCCUCCAUCCAGUAGAGUUUCUGACACUCUCCGAAACCGAUAUCAAAUAUGUGGUAAAGGGGGAAGUCCCAGAUAAAAACAUAGCUCCAUCACAGCAUGAUACAAAACGAUUGCAAUUGGAAAUACAGGAGUCUGAAGCUGAUCCCUUAGAGCCGCCAGAAGUCCCAUUUAACAGUGCACUCUGCGAUGAGAAGUUGGCCUUGAUGUUGGUCAACUUUUCUUUUGAUAUGAUAGAAGGUGAAGGAUUUAUCAAUUUCAUAAGGACUCUACAGCCAAAAUAUGUGAUCCAAAGCAGAAUGUACUAUGAGAAUUUGCUCUGUCAUCAUAUUUAUCCAAAGCUUAAAGCACAAUUGCAUACAAAAUUGGAGCAACUGGAAUCUUAUACCCUGAUUUUAGGUCAUCACAGAGAGAACGAAUCAGGACUCGUGAUUUUGAAUUGUUCCGGAAUAUCAAGUGAUUUUCAAUUUGUUAAAUUUGUACUAAAAUGCAAGGUCUUUCAGUAUGGAGAGCGACAUGAUGAAGAUUUAAUGAAGCAAUUAGUGGACAAUAAUUGGUGGCCUUUGUGCCAAAAGAAAAUCCAUUGCAUAUUAAGAGAUGAAAGCACAACAUUGGGUGACAUCCAAACCGAUUGUAAUGUUGCACGUUUAAAAUUAUGCGUACAAAACGCUUUUGAUUCCAAUGAACCUCUUCAGCAAUUGGCUAGAAAGUGUAAGGCAAUUGUUAAGCAUUUUGAAAGUCAUCCAAUGGCCAGGGAUCACCUAAAUUAUAUACAAGUGAAUCGCUUGAAAAGAGAAUAUCAACCGAUUUUUGAAACAAACAAUACGGAAUGGAACAGUAUAUAUACCCAAAUGGCUGAUUUAUACAAGAUGAAAGAUUCUCUCUGUAUUUAUGCUGAAGAAUUUAAUAGCUUUAUUCAGAUUUAUCCCGAUGAAUGGUUGGAAAUUGAUUUAUUUACCAAAGUCGUGCAACCCUUUAUAGAAAUCAUAAAGAUUUGGUCUGAGGACACAACCUUGGCUUCAUCCGUCAUUCCAUUAGUGGCAGCACUUAGGGAUUCCCUGCAAACGGAUAUGCACAAUUUCGUGUCCUCUGUAACGAUUUCUGCCUUGGCACGCAAAUUACUCGACGAAUUGAACAUUAAAUUCGCUCAUCUGUCUACAGAUAUGAAAUAUCUAAUGGCUACAUAUUUAGAUCCUCGUUAUAAACAGGCUUUCUUCACCGAGCAUCAGGAACAAAUUGUGGUUAAUGAAGUUCUCAAAGAAUUGGACCGGCACCCCAAUAAAUUUGCCCCAAAAAAUUCCACAAUUAAAGUUCCCAAGUUGGAUAUAAUUAACAAAAAUGAAUCUAAAAUAGAUUCAAUACUGGAUAAUAUACUCACUACAACCUCUAGCUCUAACAAUCAGGAAUCAAAUCCCAUUGUUCAAUCUCAAUUAAAGAAUCUGUUGUAUCUAUACAAUUCAGAGCCACGAAUCGAAAGAAAUGGGAAUCCCCUGAUAUGGUGGCAAAACAAUAUUAAAUUUAGCCCACUUCAUGACUUGGUUAGGCGUUAUCUGUCGACUCCAGCAUCCAUAAAUGCUGAUUGUGAAAAACUUUUUAAAUCCUCUGCCCAUGUAUAUGGUGAUCUUGAAACAGACUUAUCCACAAAAAAUGCAUCAAAAAUCGUUUUUAUAAAGUCAAACUUAAAUACUUUGUAUUCUGAUGCGAAUUAA